AUGGCUGUGAACCCUCAACUGUUCCCUAAUGGCAUGCCUGUUCCUUUUGUGAACGAGAUGUUCGUUCUCGCCAGAGACGGCGUCGAGUUCGAGGUCGAUAAGAUUCCUGGAUCUGAUGGUGGUCGACUUAAAGCAAAGGGGACAAUCUACUUGUCAAAUAUACGCAUGGUCUUUGUUUCAAACAAGCCUGUUGGAAACUUUAUUGCUUUUGAUAUGCCCCUGCUUUAUGUCCAUGGUGAAAAGUUCAAUCAACCAAUUUUUUUCUGCAACAACAUUUCUGGUCAAGUAGAGCCUGUAGUUCCAGAAAAUCAGCAUGGGGCUCUUUAUUCCACUCACUCAUUCAAGAUUUUGUUCAAAGAAGGGGGUUGUGGAACAUUUGUUCCGCUUUUUUUCAACUUGAUCUCCUCAGUGAGACAAUAUAAUCAACAUCAACACCCCAAUGCAGGACCACAGCCUCAUGUUGAUCCUUUACAGGCAGCGCAAACUCCUGUUGAUGAGAUGAUGAGACAUGCGUAUGUCGAUCCUAAUGAUCCAACGAGGAUCUUCUUGCAGCAGCCUACUCCAGAGUCUCAGCUGAGGCGGCGCACAUACCAGUCACAGCCCGCAGGACAGUAA